ACAGUAGGGGGGCUCACAGUUGAAUAAAUUCACCUAAACUGGAUCUCAAGUGGGAUUUCUCAAGUGAACCUAAAGUGACAAAAGUGCAUCAAAACUAGAUCUAAAGUCGCCACUUUAGGUCCUACUCGACUUGGGGCUCAGGAGCCCCAAUUCGCCUAAAGUCACUCACUUCAACUCAUCUAAACUCGGCUUUAAAACUGAGUAAGUCCACAAACUCUUAGCUAAUACUAACUGUACAGUUUGCUACCUAGGUCACCUGUUUGUUUCCUUCUUCACCAUCACCCCAUCUCUGCCACUUCCACUGCUGUACUGCUCCCCUUGCUACAUGCCCCCCAAACAAAGGAAUCUUGAAGAGGGGGGACCAUCUCAGCCACGGUCCACAUGCCAUUCUCGUGUUUCUAGGAGUGAUGAUGCCACAUCAGCUGUCAAGGCUGAGGCCAAAUCAGAUCCCUGCCCCCCAAAGAUUCAAUGGGACUUUAAUGAACGGUGGACUGACCGCUUGAUUGAAUACCUCUCAAACAACCCAGAUGUUCGACUAAAGAUGUUCAGCGACUCGGUAAAGGAUGCAAGGAAGGAGUCAGGUAAGAAGGUUGUUGGUAGCAAGCCGAAGGUUGAAUACUAUCGCCAGAUAGCCCAGGCAGUUUUUGACAUUGUAGAUGAGGCUGAACACACAGCUUAUGUAUCGGACCCUGAGCAUUAUGCUACAUCUGUCAUGGGUCGGAUCAUAUAUUUACAAAAGACAUACACUGGCUAUCGCAAAUCACUGAAGGUCACUGGUGGAGACUUGAAGGACGAUGAUGAUGAUGGAUCUGAGGCAUACAAUAACCAAAAUGAUCUGAUCAUCUUUCCGUUGGUGGGAUGUGCUGCAUGCAUGGUGGUCUGAGCAUCCCAAGUAUGCCUUUCAAAUGGUGACGAAUUCAACAACCGGAAUCGAAAAAAUGACU